UUUUAAUAGUUGGCAAUACUGGUAUAUAUACGUAUAGGCACCCACGCUGUUUCACGUUUUCGUUGUUGCGAUUUGUACGUUUUAAUACGUGUAUAUUCGCGUAUUAAUUAUUACUCAUUUUUCACGUGGCUUCUGAGGGCAUUUAUUUCCAAAUGAAGACCAAGGCGUUUGAUAAAAAAGGGAAAAAACGACCCCACAGUGAAAGUUUACCUUUUACAAAACCUGACCAAAAGCAAAAGAGCAUCGAUGAAUUCAAGAAAAAUGCUAAAAAAACCAAAUUCGCUGUUUCUGCAGAAAAUGGGAAUUUUGCAACAACAAAUACAGUACAAUUCUUUAAGCAAGUUGAUAAACAAGGAAAGAAAAAGAAUAAAGACGUAAAACAAGAUAACAUCAUAGAAUCAUCAAAAAUUGAAAAAAAGAUACAUGUAAAAGAACUCAAGUCAACUAACGUUGAACCUGAGGUAAAGGUUUUUAAUAAGAAGAAGGGAGGAAAAUUAGAAAACUUAAACAAAGGGCCACAAGAAUUAAACAAAGGAAAACAGACACAAAAAUCUCAUGUGACAUCCACCACACAAAGUGUAGAAGAAAUAAAGAAAAGAAUAGAAGAAAUCCAAAGUCGCGAAGUGUUAUCAAAGACUGCAAAAAGAAAACUGGCGACACUGAAGAAAAAAUUGAUAAUAGCGGGAACAAAAAAUAAUUCAGAGGAAUUAAAUACAGAAAAAAAGAGCAACAAACAGGACAAAUAUCAAGGUACAAGUGCAUCUAUAAAGAAUAAAGAGAAGAUUAACAAAGAUAAAAGAGAAUUAGGAAAGAAAAAUGUCCAAAACGAAAAAGCUAAAGUCAAACCAGAAGAUGAUCAAGAUGAUUCGGAAAGUGAAGAUGACGAUGAGAGUGAAGAAGAUGUAUCUAUGGACAAUGUAAAAGAACCAUUUGAUGAUGAAAGCGAUGAGAGUGAAGAAGAUGAGGAAGAAGAAGAGGAAGUAACAAAGUAUGACGAGGAUGACGAAUCUGACGAUUCUGACGAAUCUGACGAAUCUGACGAAACUGACGAUUCUGACAAAUUGGACAAAUCUAGCGGAUUGAAAACGGUGUUUAAGAAAGAAAUGGAUAUAGAACAGAUGAAGUCCAAGAUGAAGAUGGAUGAAGACGAUACAGAGGAUGAAGAAGAUGAGGAAGUCGACAUAGAGGAGGAGGAAGAUGAAGAAGAUGUAGAGGAUGAAGAAGAUGAAGAGGAUGAAGAGGAUGAAGAAGAUGAAGAAGAUGAAGAGGAUGAAGACGAUGAGGAGGAUGAAGAAGAUACAGAUAAAAACAUAAAAACAACAGAAAAGGAGAAAAAAGGUGUACCAUUCUCUGAUCAUCAGAAAAAAGAAGCAAAGAAUAAGCGAUAUGUCCUUUAUGUGAACAAUAUACCAUAUGAUACAACACCAGAUGAGCUCAAACAGCAUUUUCUUACCAAGGUUAAGACAGUCCUUAGUGUCAGGAUCCCGACUGAUUCAAAUGGGAAAUCACGUGGCUUUGGGCAUGUGGAGUUAAAAGAUAACUCAGAUUAUACGAAAGCAUUCACGCUGAAUCAUACAUUCCUCAAGAAAAGAAGGAUAAAUGUAAAAUGUGCAGUGCUACCUUCUAAGGAUAAAAAAACAGAUGCCCUCAAAAAAGUUGCAGUUGCUAAAACUAAAAAGCUGCAGGCACUGCAAAAGGCUGGAAAAUUAACUGGUGGAUUUCAAGAUAAGAAAAUACAGAAGAAGAAAUAUAAUAUUUCGAAAGCAUGAUGGAAUAAUUAAGACUAUCAAUGUAAAGAUAAUAAAGCUUCAUUGACAAAAUUA